UUAGCUUCUUCUUUAUUCGGAAGUUUCGGAUAUUUCGCAAGACCAAUAUUGCAAAAUGGCGUACUACGGACAGCAGCAACAAGGAUAUGGUCAACCAGGUGCCCCUCCGCCGGGCCAGCCUGAUCAAAACUUCCUCUACAGUGUUUUUCAAAGAGUGGACAAAGAUAGAAGCGGUCAGAUUACGGCAAAUGAACUCGCAUCAGCUUUGAGCAAUGGAACUUGGACACCAUUCAACCCAGAAACCGUCAGACUGAUGAUAGGAAUGUUUGAUAGAGAUAACUCGGGGUCUAUAAACUUCCAAGAAUUUUCAUCACUGUGGAAAUAUGUGACAGAUUGGCAGAACUGCUUCCGUAGUUAUGAUAGAGAUAACUCUGGUGCCAUAGAUAAAAAUGAAUUGAAAACUGCUUUGACCAGUUUUGGGUACCGUUUGUCCGAUGGAUUUUAUUUUAUAUUAAUUAAGAAGUUUGAUCGUACUGGUAGAGGAACGAUAUCUUUUGAUGACUUUAUACAAUGCUGUGUCGUUAUGCAGACAUUAACAAGUGCAUUCAGACAGCACGAUUCAGAUCAAGAUGGCUGGGUGACGAUUACAUACGAACAAUUCCUCUCAUUGGUUUUCAGUUUGAAGAGUUGAAAAGUGUUCUGCACAUUCUAAUACAUUAAUUAACCACCUGUUAUUGUGUAAAGAUAAUCAACUAAGUGUAAACAAGUCAUAUAACAUUAUUGAUUAGUUGUCUCUGGAGACAUUUGUAUACAGUCAAAUUUAAACAAUUCUGCCAUCUAAAAAAAUGAAUUUAUUUUUGAUUUUAAGUGUUAUUGUUAGAAUUUUGUACACAUCUAAAAAAAAUUUCUUAUUAAUCUUAAAAAGUGUAUUUGUUACAUAUUUAGCAAUUUAGCUCAGUAUUGUUUAUUUUUUUUAGCCAAGGAUUCUGUGUAUUCCAUUUAAUAACAGUAAUUCUGUAUAGCGAGUAGGUUUGUUUAAAUAUCUAAUUGUCUUUGCUGAAAUAAGUGUUUUUAAGUACAAAUUUAUGAAACAGUAUUUGUUCUGGCAAGACAACACAGACUGCAUGCUGCCUUGGCACUAUAGAUUAUUUAUUGAGAAAUAUUCUUGCUGGUAUUUAUGCUCAAGUUUAUAUACUAUAUCAAUAUAUUUGUAUUGCAGUUUGCCAUAAUGUCUUAUGGUAAAAGGGGUAUAAGAAAGUUAUAUACCUUUCUAAUUAUAUGUGUUAUCUUCACCAGCAUUAAAAUUGAAACCAUCAAAAUAUGAGCCGUGUCAUGACAAAACUAACAUAAUGCAUUUGCAACCAGCAUGGAUCCAGACCAGCCUGCGCAUCCACGCAGUCUGAUCAGGAUCCAUGCUGUUCGCUUACAAACCCUAUAACAAGUAGAGAGACUGAUAGCGAACAGCAUGUAUCCUGAUCAGACUGCGCGGUAGCGCAUGCUGGUCUGGAUCCAUGCUGGUCGCAAAUGCAUUAGGUUGGUUUUGUCAUGACACAACUCAUAUACUUCCUGUUAUCAUUAGUGAUAGAUAUUUAGCAAAUGUAAUGAUACCAUGAAACAGUUUUCACAGACCCAUUUCUGAUUCACAAUAAUUUUCCUAUUAUUUUUUACAUUUUUUAUGUAUAGUGAAUUUAAGUAUAUGUAUCUGCCUGUUUUCUUUGAUUGCACAAGUUUUUCUCAGUAAUUAAAUUCUAAAAGCAAUACUUAAAUGUUGUGUAGAUCUAGUAUUAUUAUGCCCCCACUUCAAAGAAGAGGGGUAUAUUGCUUUGCAUUUGUCUGUCCUUCGGUCCGUUGGUCCAUAGACCAAAUGGUUUCCGAGUGAUAACUAAAGAACCCUUAGGCCUAGGAACUUCAAACAUGGUAUGGUGAUUGGUCAUGACCAGUAGAUGACCCUUAUUGAUUUUGGGGUCAAGGGGUCAAAGGUCAAGGUCACAUUGACCUUGUAAGUAAAAACGGUUUCCGAUCAAUAACUAAAGAACGCUUAGGCCUAGGAACUUCAAACUUGGUUUGGUGAUUGGUCAUGACCAGCAUAUGAACCCUAUUGAUUUUGGGGUCAACGGUCAAGGUCACAUUGACCUUGUAGGUAAAAACGGUUUCCACUCUAUACCUUAAGGACCCUAAGGCCUAGGAACUUCAAACUUGGUAUGAUGAUUGGUCAUGACCAGUAGAUGACCCCUAUUGAUUUUGGGGUCAAAGGUCAAGGUCACAUUGACCUUGUAAGUAAAAACGGUUUCCGAUCAAUAACUAAAGAACGCUUAGGUCUAGGAACUUCAAACUUUAUAUGAUGAUUGGUCAUUACCAAUAGAUGACCCCUAUUGAUUUUGGGGUCAAAGGUCAAGGUCACAUUGACCUUGUAAGUUAAACGGUUUCCAAUCAAUAACUAAAGAACGCUUAGGCCUAGGAACUUCAAACUUUAUAUAACCAGUAGAAAACCCUUAUUAAUUUUUUGUUCACUGGGUCAGAAGUCAUGCAUAAUAACCUGAUCACAAGACUUAUUGGCUGCCCAUAGGGGGCAUACAUGUUUUACAAACAUAUCUUGUUGUACAUAAGUCUUGUAAGAUUUCUCUGAAAUAAUAGGAAAAAAGCUGUGCACAGCUUAUGUUUUUGCAAACCAAUAUACUAGUACAUGUAACUAUGAUAAUUUCACAAUUAGUGUAUUUAGAUGUAACUGUUAAAUCUUACAUUUCAGUACUGGACAGAGAUUUUCAUAUUGUGAAUAAAUUUUUCUAUUUUCACAUAUUUUUAUUAUGAUUAAAAAAGUUCAUUUAAGAAAUUCAGCUGGAUGAGGUUAGUAUCCUAUCAAAGACAGUAAAUAUACUCUUAUUAUCAAUUCAUGAUCACCUUCCAAGCAUGUCAGUGUUUGGACUUUUCUUUUUUAGCUUUUCUUUUCACCUUUUACUAACAAUCCGACGUGCACUAAAUUCCUGCCUUUAACACUUGUAAGAGGGGUUGGCAGUAUCCAGAGAUAGAUAGAUAGAUGUUCAUGUAAUAUAAUGUCACAGCUAAAUUUUGAACCUGUUUAAAACCUGAAAAUUAAUUACAUUAUUUUAACAAAUCAAAUGCUAUGAAGUACAUAUUAUUAUUCUUACCAAAUGAUUAUUACAAAAAUGUACAUAUUUGAAUGUGAAAUUAAAGAUGAUAUGCAGAUUUUCUGAUCUUUAAUUAUGCUAUCUUCAUAGUAGAAAAAAUGUUUUAAUAAAGACAUACCUGCUUAAAGCAGCAUGCCUCCAGAUUAAUGCUUAUUUUCAUGUAAAUUUUGAAAAUGUAAUUAAAAGCAAAAUAUUGUAUAGGCAAUUUACACAUUACCAAUGGCACUUACAACCCAUGUUAAUUUCAAAAAGAGGUCGAAAUAUGCGAAAAAUUACCCUUAAAGCAUUAGUAACGCAGUAGAAAUAUAGUCACACAUAAUGAAAAAAAAUACCAUUAAUCGCCCAUAGCAUGUGAAAUAUUACUCGAAUCUUGAAUCUUUCUACUUUUCCUAAACUCUGAGUACACUUUUCUCAAGUUUGAAGUUAUCGAAAUAUUUUUGCUCAUCUGGAGGCAUGCUGCUUUAAUAGUAUACAUGUAAUACAUUAUGAUGCUUGCUGAGAUUUUUUUAAUGAAAAAAGCAAGAAUGAUGUGACAAUGUUUAGUAUCUGAAUAAAUUGUAAAUAUAUAAAACAUACUGCUUUUGCUUUUUUUGGAUUGUUUAACAAUUUAGUUUAUCGAAAUUGAAAUUUGAAGCUUUUAUUGGGGUCUUUUUCUCUUACACUACCUCUACAAUAUCUUCUUUUGAAAUCAAUCUCAUGGUGAUAAAUAUAUAGAUUUAAUCUUUUCCAGGGAAGAAUACAUGACUCAUUCGUUGAUAAUGCUCUAAUUUUGGUGUAAUAUUAACUUACAAGUUUUUGCAGAUCUGUUCUGACUUCACUUCAUUGUAUCAAGCUUUGAGAAUAGCCAAAUGGCUUUCUUACAGACAGCUCUUGCUAUUCUCAAAUUUGAGCUUUUGCAAGUAAACAAUAUGUGGAAUAGAGAUAGAAUGAGUUCCUUACACAGGUACUACUUUUCAUACAUGUAAGUCAUAUAGUAAAGCUUAUAUAGAUUUAGUGUAUCUAUUAAAAGUACAUGUAUUUAGAUCUGGAAGUAUAUGUAUGCAAGGGACAUUAUAUUUGGAACAAAAUGCAAGAUUCAUGUUUUUAUGUACAUAUCUGUUUUAAAGGUGGAAAAUAACAAUUAUCUUUUCCUUAGAAAACACCAUCAUCACAGUAGCUUAAUUAAAAAUUUUACAAUUUGUUCCAUUUUGUUUCCUGCUUAUAUAGCAGGAGACUAAAAAUCUGGCAGACAUGGCACUUUGGUGAUAUUUGAUUUGUUGCCAUUUUUACAUACAUAUUUGAGUGCCAGGAUGAAAGAAGGAAGAUGAAUUUUCAAGUUUUAAAGUCAUAGAAAUGGGUAGAUGGGAUACCUGACGGUAAUAUGGCAACAUCAACCUAAUGCUGGGGUACUACAUUUCUACCUAUUCCAGCUCUAAUGUGAAAGUUGUUAGAAUAUACACACAAAAGUUGAUUGUUUGAUUGUAACUACCAAAGAUAAUAAGAUGUUCUUAUAGAUACAGUCUUUGAUUCUUGUUAUAUUGUUAUUUCUGUCCAGCAUAGUAUGUAAUAUAGUAAGUGAAUGUUAUUUUCAAAGUUUUAUUUUCUCAAGUGUGAUCAAAAGAAAGUAUAAGAUCUGAUUAAAGAAAUAAAUCUGUUUACAUUUGAGGAAGCUAUACAGCAGCUUACAUGUCAGAGAUUGGUGGUAUUACUGUGAUGCUCUUGUGUAUAAAAUAAUACUUUCGUGUUUCUCUCUCUGUUAGAAGUUUGAAAGUAGCUUAUAAUAUUCAUAAUGUUAAUGUGUCUUGAACUUAUAAAUUCAUUUCUAUGAAAGGUUUUUUGAUUAACUUAUAUUCUAAUUAGAUUGAAAUACAUGUAGUUUAAAUGCACAUUUUAACUGGUCUGUUUUUCAUUGGAAAAUGUACAUUUAAAGCUGCAUGCCUCCAGAUGAGUCAAAAUAUUUCAAGAAAAUAAAACUUGAGAACAAUGUACUAAUAUUUAAAGAAAACUAAAAGAAAACUUCAAAAUUCAAGUAAUAAUUUACAUGUUAUGUGUGAUUAAACACAGAUUUUGUAGUAUUCAUCACCAUAUUUCCACUGCAUGACUAAUGCAGUAAGGGCUGUUUUUGCAUAUUUUGACCUAUUUUUGGUAAUUUACAUGCGCUGUUAGUGCUGUUUGCAAUGUUUAAAUUAUUUUCUUUGUUUACUUCACAAUAUUUUACAGCUAAAUAACUUUCAUUUUGUGUGUGUGUGAAAUUAGGAUGAAUCUGGAGGCAUGCUGCUUUGAAGAAUUUUUAGUCUUGAUAUUUUCCUUUCAUUUUCUGUCAUUUUAUUUAUAUAGUGCUUUAUAUGUUAUAUUGUAUAAACUAAUAAACUAUAGUGAACAACUACAUGUACACUAAUAAAAGUAAAGCUUUA